AUGGCGGGAUCACACAGCUUCGAUUUAGAUUUUGAGAAUAUGCUGAAAGAUGUGCGCGAGCCUGCAGUUCAAGAAUUAAUUGAAGAUCAAAAGAAGGUCCGGGAAACAAGCCGAGGUCUUACAGAAUCUUUGAGCCUACGAUCCAAACAUGAAGCCGUUGUAUCGCAAAACCCAGAAUGGUUACGGAUGCUGCUGCAAAGAGACCCAGAGCUCUCGGAGAACAUCGUUGCAGAAGCGUUCCAACACAAGGACAAAGAAUGUAUACGAGCAUUUUUGGACUUUGGAUGGGAUAUCAACACUUCUAUCUGGGCGUUCAGCCCGCUCUGCUUCGCGGUUGAUGACAAGGACUUCAUGAGAUGGCUCAUCGACCAAGGAGCUGACAUCAAUGCUCUCAACAGCCUUGGCCAGCCCGUUCUCGCCAAGGCAAUCGCAUCGGGUGACUUUCAGGUGGUGUCUUUCCUCCUUGUAGAAGGGGCAGACUUGAUGCUUGGAGAUCUCCUGCAUAGUGCUGUUGAGAGAAAGAACGAGCGGGAAGGUGCCGAAUUGGUUGAAUUCCUUGCAUCGAAAGGGCCUGAUGUCAACGCGCUUCGCUACACGAAUCCAACUGCCUCCCGGCAGAUGGCCAUGUCUUUUCUCCCUACGCCUCUCUAUCUGGCCGUUGAGAGGGAGAACAUUCCGGUCGCGCGAGCUCUCCUCAGACAUGGCGCUGACCCAGCUCGGAGGGUUCUUUGUCAGGGGCAUAAGGGCCAAAGUGCGCUAGAGAGAGUGCGCUCCAUCAACAAUCCCGAAAUAUCUGCCUUAUUCCGUGGUACCCCUUCGAAAAUCUAG